CUACAAAUCUAUGUCGAAACCAGCAAGUCUUCCCUCAAAAGAUGCUUCGGCAUCAUUCUGGCACACCGAGCCCAAACUCCUCGGCCACAGAACCACCACAGACUUGCCCCAGCACACCGAUUUCGUGAUUAUAGGAAGCGGUAUCAGUGGAGCUAGCGUGGAAUGGAGAAACGAAAAAGGGGUGCUGGUUCUAGAGGCUAGAGAGAUUUGUUGGGGUGCUACUGGGAGAAAUGGCGGCCACUGCCUACCCCUAUUCUACGAGCACCCUCACGAUCCCUCCAUAUCCAACUUCGAAUACGCGAACUUCCUCGCUCUGUCGAAUUUGAUCUCCAAAAACAACAUCGCUUGUGAAUGGAACGCUCAACCGGGGAUCCGCAGCCUCUACUCUGCAGAAGAAGUCACUCUUGCCCAUCAUGCUGUAGCCACUCUCCAGCAGACCAACCCUGAGCUAGGCAAAAUGUGCAGGGUAGUCUCAAAAGCAGAGGAACUACUCACGCUAGGAUUAGCAGUGCCAGAAGCAAAGGGAGCGGUAAUAACAGACGUUGCAGCAAGACUCUGGCCCUAUAAACUGGUAACUGCAAUCUGGGAAGCCUUGUUCGGCAACAAUGCAAAUCUGAACCUGCAAACCCAUACAGCAGUCACUUCCAUCACUGCCUCUAGUCAAGGACACUGGAACAUCCACACACACCGAGGGACAGUAGAAGCGAAAAAAGUAAUCUUGGCCACUAACGCAUACACCUCACACCUUCUCCCCCACCUAUCCGAUCUAAUCGUCCCUUGUCGCGGUCAAAUGUCUGCACUACUCCCCGGCUCCACAUUCUCAAGCCUUUCAAGAACGAAAACAAGUUUUGCAUUCAUUGGGCCUAGUAUGGAUGAUUACCUUAUCCAACGACCUGACAACUCGUCAGCUCACCUUAUGUUUGGCGGCGGCAGGAGUUAUGGACCUAGUCUGGGGGUAAGUGAUGAUGCGGAGGUGGAGAAGAAUGUAGCUAGGUAUUUGCGUACUGCGUUGCCGAGGUUACUGGUUUCCGGCGAGGAGCACAAGGAAGAGAAAGAAUUGAAAGCAACACAUGAGUGGACGGGCAUUAUGGGCUUUUCGAGAGACAACUUGCCUUGGGUGGGUGAGGUCCCAGACCACGAGGGCGUUUUUGUGCUUGCUGGGUAUACCGGACACGGUAUGCCUAAUGCUUGGUUGUGUGGAAAGAGUGUGGCGACUAUGGUGCUGGGAGAUGAUGUGGAUGUGGCUAUAGAGAAAGCUGUGGAAGAAGGCUUGCCUAGAGCAUACCUUAUGAACCAAGAAAGGGUCGAAAGAGCUAGGAAGUUGGAGACGGUAGAGGCACAGGACGAAGACCAUAUGUUCAAGGCCGAGGUAGUUGCUGGAACA